AUGGCUAAAUCAUCCCAAAAGAAAGAAUCUAAGAAAGAUCUAAAAGUAAAGAAGCAAGAAAAGAUUGAAUCCCCUGUGGCUUCUGAAUCAGAUGCCUCUUCUGAUUCUUCUUCUGAUUCUUCUUCUUCUUCUGAAUCAUCUGAUGAAUCUGACAAAGAAGAAAAGGAAGAAAAGAAGGAAGAAAAGAAAGACGAGUCCUCUUCUGAUUCUGAUUCCUCCUCUGAUUCCUCCUCUGACAACUCUUCUGAUGAAUCUGACAAGGAAGAAGAAAAGAAGGCUGAAUCCUCAUCUGACUCAAGCUCUUCCUCAGACUCAGACUCAGACUCUUCUGAUGAUGAAGAAGAAGAAAAGAAAGAUGCCAAGUCUUCUGACGAAUCUUCAUCUUCUUCCGAAGAAGAAAAAUCUGACAAGAAACGUAAAGCUGACGAUGAAGAAUCCUCUGAAUCCAAGAAACAAAAACCUGAUGAAUCUGAAGAACCUGCUACUAUUUUCGUUGGCCGUUUAUCCUGGUCUAUUGAUGACGAAUGGUUAAAGACUGAAUUCGAACCUAUUGGUGGUGUUUUGAGUGCUAGAGUUAUUUACGAAAAGGGUACUGACAGAUCUCGUGGUUACGGUUACGUUGAUUUCAAAAAUAAAACUUUUGCUGAAAAAGCUAUUAAGGAAAUGCAAGGUAAGGAAAUUGAUGGUAGACCAAUUAACUGUGAUAUGUCUACUUCUAAGCCAGCUAGUAACGGUGGUGAUCGUGCUAAAAAAUUCGGUGACACCCCAUCUGAACCAUCUGAAACUUUGUUCUUAGGUAACUUAUCUUUUGAUGCUGAUAGAGACAAUAUUUACGAAGUUUUCAGCAAAUAUGGUGAAAUCAUAUCUGUCCGUAUUCCAACCCAUCCAGAAACUGAACAACCAAAGGGUUUCGGUUACGUUCAAUAUGGUGAUGUUGAAAGUGCUAAGAAAGCUUUAGAUGCCUUACAAGGUGAAUACAUUAAUAAUAGACCAGUCAGACUAGAUUUCUCCACUCCAAGACCACAAAAUGACAGAGGUAACUUUGGUGGUCGUGGUGGUCGUGGUGGUCGUGGUGGUAGAGGUGGCAGAGGUGGCCGUGGUGGCUUCGGUGGUAGAAACUUCAGAGACUCUGCAUCUGGUGCUAACUCUGCUCCAUUAGGUAGAGCCAGAAACGUUGCCCAUUUUGAAGGUACAAAGAAAACUUUCGAUUAA